AUGCGACGACUUGCGAUGUCGCUGCCCCUGCCAAGCAGCCUGGAUCGGGAAUGUGCAAAGGAGUGCCGCCGCAGAAAGGUCAAGUGCGACAGGGGCGCGCCGUGCGACACGUGCAUCAAGACGAAGCACCCGCACUGCACCUACACCCCCAGCCAGCCUCCGCCUCCGCCUCCGGACUCCGGGCCGUCCAGGGACCGGCCGGCGCUGCUGCCGGCCAAGCAGCCAACGGCAGGCAGCUUGUCAGUCCUUGACGAGAAUGCCUCGCGCGCCCAAGUUGGCUACCCUGGCGAGAAGGACGAGUUCGGCUUCUGGCAUCCUAUCGCCCCCGAGUCCCUCAGCGAGCCACUCGGGAGCAGCUGCAACACUGACGCCAGCUCCCGAGCCCCGGAUAGUCACCGCAGCAGCGCCCCAAGCUCCGUCACCUCGUCGGGCCACUCCCACUACCUCGAGGGAAGGGUGCGUCAGCUGGAAGAGCAACUGGCAUCGGUGAGGUUGCACGGCCAGGCCGAUGCCCGCCAGGAGGCGAGACGUAAAGGGCCCUGGAUGGAAAUUCGUGAGGGUAGCAUCCAGAAGACCCGUUAUUUUGGGCAGAGUCAUUGGCUUAAUGGCUCCAUUAUUGGCAAUAGGAGCAUGAUACAUCGCUUGCUCGCGUUCAAGGAUAGGAUAGAUAAUGGGGACCCAGAGCUGCUGGGCCUGCACCGUAAGCUGAUGGACUGCAAGGCUAUAGGCCGCAGGAUCAAGGCCCGCCGCGCGCCAGACCCUGCCAGCAUAACGUCGCCCGGCAAGCACAUGCCGUCGCGGGAGCUAGCCGACUCGCUGGUCGAGGCGUAUCUGCGCACCUUCGAGACGGUCUACCGCGUGGUGCACGUGCCGACCUUCCGGGCCGACUACGAACGCUACUGGCGGGCGCCCGCCGAGACGGAUGAGGCGACGGUGGUGCUCAUCCAGCUCUGCAUGGCCCUCGGCGCCGUCUUCCACGACGAGCGCUUCUCGCUGAGGUCGCUUGCCAUGCGGUGGCUGUACGAAGCGCUCUUCUGGCUCGUCAACCCGCUGAUGCGCGACAAGAAAAAGAUGACGCUGACGGGCCUGCAGAUCCAGUGCCUGAUCCACCUGUGCCGGCAGACGUGCGGGCCCGGCGCCGACACCAGCUGGGUCGGGGCCGGCAGCCUGCUGCGCACGGCCAUGUACAUGGGCCUGCACCGUGACCCGUCGACGCUGGUGCGCCGCAUGCCGCUGCUCAAGGCCGAGCUGCGUCGCCGCCUGUGGGCCACCAUCCUCGAGAUCGCCCUGCAGUCGGCCGUCGACGCCGGCGGCGCCCCGCUCGUGCACCCGGACGACUACAACACGCGCCCGCCCGCGGACCUGAGCGACGCCCAGCUAACCGAGCUGGCCACUCAGGAGGAGGCCGACGCCAGCUUUGCGGGCGGCGCCGGCGCAGAGAUGGCCGUCCCGCUAGCUCUGGCCGAGUCCUUUGCCACCCGCCUGGCCGUCACGCGCCACGUCAACUGCGUCGGCGUCGGCGCCGUCCCGUACGACGAGACCCUGAGGCUUGACGCGGCGUUGGGGAGGGCCGUCAAGGGCGCCAUGCGACGCGUCCUCGAAAGCACCGGGGGCGGCGGCGACAGGGGCAGCGGCCCGUCUUCGUCGAGCGUCGGGACCGGCGCGGGCAGCAUGUCCUCGGCCGCGAACCCCUCCUCCGCCGCGGGCUUCCGGGUCCGGUUCGCGCGCCUGAUGCUAACGCGCACAUACUUUACGUUGCACGUCCCCGUCCUGCGCUCGGCGCUGCGGUCACCCGUCUUCUACUACUCGCGCAAGGUGUUGCUCGACACGGCCCUCAAGAUCGUGGCCAUCUGCAUACCGACCGGGGUCAUGCACGGCUCCGUUGCCGCCAAGGUCGCCGCCGCCGCCGCCGCCGCCAGGGCCCCCGCGCCGUCCCCUCCCGACUAUGCGGCCGCGUCCCCCCAGCUCCAGCAGCUCAUGCAGGACACCAUGGCCGCCCGGGACCCCAUCGGCCGCAGCAUGUGCGCCAGCAGCAGCCCCGCGACGCCCGGCGCGCCCUCCCCGCACGACGGCAACGCCGACUUCUACCGCCUCUGCCUCAACGGCACGGGCCACUUCCGCAGCGCCCCCAUGCAGUCCUUCUUCAUCGCCGUCGUGGAACUGGAGCAGCGGGCGCGCGAGCAGGUCGAGUCCCACGGCAGCGGCGGCGACGGGGACCUCCCAUCCCACAUCGCCAACCCCGCGGACCUCUACGGCGACGGCAAUGGCGACGACGACAACGACACGGCGCAGAUCAUCAGCAUCACUGCGGCGUCGCGGGCCUGGACGGCGCGCCGCAUGUUGUCGGGCGAGACCAACGCGCAGGGCGUCGCGUUCGGCGACUGCCUGAUGGCCUACAACCGCGCCAUCGCGUCGGGCCUCGGCGAGGACGCCAUCUCGGCCGCCCUGUCCGCCGCCAUGACGGCGUCGGUCACGGCCGCGCACAACCUGCUGCUCGACCUGGCCGAAUUUGAGGAGAGGGCCAUCCGUGAGCACGGCGGUGGUGGUGGUGGUGGUAGUGGCGGCGGCGGCGGCGGACACGAGUCGUCGGCGGAGGAGGCCACGGCCAACGCGGCGGAAAUGCAGGACCACCAUCAGCAGCAGGCUGCCGAGACAGCGCCGGCGGGGCUCGGCGCGGAGCCCUUUGACAUGGGCGGCGGUCUUGGGCUGGGCCUGGACGCCACGAGCAGCUUUCUGAUGCCGCCCAUGGUGACACCCGGUUUCUCGGACCUAGACAUGUUGCAGGGGUUCGAGGACAAUGUCCAGUUUGGCACCUGGAAUUUCAGCUGGGACGACAGCAUGGAUCUGAACCCUGGAUUUGGGAUGGAGUUUUGAGUUGGAUUUUAGGGGGCACCGAGGUUGCGCACCUCUUGGACUUGGAGAUUGGGAGAUAUGUUUCGUCAAUGAUACCAAAAAUGGCGCUUGCGACUUACAUCGAAGCGGGGGAUACCAAGAAGUGCGGUUGCGAAUCUCACCUCGCUUAAAAUAUUAGCUGCAGAAAGCGUACCAGAGCACUCGAGAAGUGUGGAAACACUCGUGAUCUCAACCCACGCGGGAUUGUAAUUAUGACUUGUGCUGUCUGUGCCUGUCCCACAGACCCGAGAGCCCUAAUCCUUUGUAGCUUGUGAUCUUUUGUAUUCAUGGUCAUAUUCGGGGCUAAUCUCGACCAAUAUGUAGCCUUACAAACGCCUGGAGUACAUGUUAC